UAUUUUGUACUUCAAUCGGGUUGUGCAUGGAAACGAAUAUGAAAAAUAAUUUAGAUAAAUUUUUAUCUUUAAAACGUGAAUCACUUUCUUAAUUUUCAAAAUUUCAUUGGAAAUGCUUAGCAAUUGCUAAAAUGGUGAAGUUAGCGGGAAAGUUACUGAUCUACUGGAUAAGCACAACAUUUAUUUUUAACCUCGCCUUUGCAUUUGAGAAAAACCCUAUACGAUAUUGGAAAGAACAUACACCGAUUGAUGCAACAACAUGGAGAAAUGCAAGUAUUCCUAUCAAAGCUAUGUUUCAGCAUCGUUCAUUUACAACAGCUGCAGCUAGUGAUGCAUUGUCAAGAAAAACAGGAAGGGCGUGCUAUCAUAACGAACAAUCCUUUCAAGAUGUGGACACUUCUGUCGAAGGAAAAUAUUUUAAGAUAUUAUUUUCAAAUCCUAACAUUACAAGAUUUGCAGUUACACAACCAUACAAUUCAGAUACACACUCAGCCAGAAUUAUAUUCGACACGACUUGGCACAAAAUGGAAGGUGCAAAUUACUCAGACAUUGUUCAGACUUUUGAAGAAAAUGGUCUCUUUAACAUCACCUUCUUUACCAUUGCUGACUUGGAAGAUCCAAAUUUAAAAUGUCCAGUAACGGAGUAUUUUUACGUUUCACAAAGAUGGUGCAACUCUACAAGCACCUACCAAGGCAGCAUCAUACAGCCUUCGAUAGAAAGUGACAGUGAAGGGCGUUGCCGCAUUAAAUUUGUAGAUCAAGUGAAGCAUUACAUUAGCAUGUGGCGCAACAAUGUUAAUUCCAACGAUUUCAAGAAACGUUGUCUAGAAGAUUUCUCUCCAGUCGAAGAUAUCACAUGGGAUCAAUAUCAAGUUAAUACGGAGUUAUAUGACGAAUAUCCCAGGUAUUACAAAUGCCACCGAAAAUUUGGUUCAAAUAUUAAGAACUGUACGGACCCUAAAUAUAACCAGAACUUUUUCUUAACCAAUGCAAAAGGAAAUGUGAUCAAGAUUGUCCUUGGAAAAAAUAACGACACUAUUGAUUUCAAUAUGACCAUUGAUUUCACCUACUGGACAUCUGAGUUUAUCGACACCUUCUCAAACACUUUCAAACUGUGUGGUUAUGAAUUGCCAUUGACUAAUAUGUCUGUGGAGUUUUUUACAAAGGAUGAAAUCAUUGUGCCAGAACGGGGUACACCAAUCAGCUUUUGGAUAUUUGUUAUUGUAACUGCUGUUCCUGCUUUUGUUUUGUUUGUUUCCAUUUUACUUUUGGUGUGCACAUGUACAAGAAAAGGAUUUCGAACGGAAUUAUGGGACUUUUUCAAGUGGCAACGAUCUCAAAAAAAGCAUGAAAAGGAGAAAGCGGAAGAAGCUGGAAUGGAAAAAGUCUUAGCAUCUUUGGACAAUGGCGCCUUCGAGAAAAGUUAGAAGGAAGAGAACAAAAAACAAAUAAAAAAACAAAAAAACUUUUAUGCAGAAUUAUUGUGGAAGUGACAAGCAAACAAUUUUUUGUUAUAAUAAUAAAUAUGUAACUUUUUGACGAUCUUAGGUAACUAGAAAUUACCUUAAGGGCACGAAUUUCUGCAAUCAUUAAUUUUUGCGAAACUAAUUUUUGCAAUUUAGUCGAAAUUCGCGAAAAUUUGUUCCACAAAAAUGUCUAAAAUUCGCCCCAAUCGCAAAAACUUAUUACGCAAUAUUUUCAAUUUUUUUCCAAAAUAUAUCACAAAAAACAGCCUUGUAUAAUGUUUAUAUUUCAAUGCUACAGAACUGUGAAUCAAAAGGUUUUAAUUGCUUUUAUCACUUACUUUAAUGACGCAAGAAGCUCUUGUUUUUGUGUUGUUCCAUUUGGUAUUUUUGACUUUUCGUUUUACUUUGAUCGAGACUUUGCUUCAUGUUUUUAACUAAAUAAUGUGAAAAGUUUGAUUACUUCUCCGUCCGUCGAUAAUGUUACCACUUUAUUCGAUUCCAUAUAGUUUUUUGAAGAUAUGAAAGUUGGAGCAAUGUAAAUUUAAGCUUGCCACCCUCCCUGUACUAGAAGUUAUACACAGUGGUUUCAUGAUGCAUUAUUUGCAAUAACCUUGCUCCACGGUCAAGCAGGUAUUUCAAAAAAGUCAAAAGGUUUAUCCUUUUCGGGAACACAGUCUAAAGUUUUACCCUCAAUUGGUUGCCAAUCUCUUUUUUAAUAAUGAUAUCGUCAAACAGCCGUAUGAUAAUCGAACAGUUAACUAGACCAACUGAAGGCGGAGAACAAAUUAACAGCAUCUUCGACAUAUUUAAUAGCAUUGAUGAAUAUAAAUAAAAAAAUUUGAUUAAAGAGUACAGUAAUUCUUAUUGAUGA